AUGUCUGGUGAAAAGGAGGAGGAACAGUCCUCCGAUAUAAAUCUUGAGGGAGUGAAUGAAAUCUCUCCAAAGAUUUCUGAAAAUGACAGAAUGCAAUUAAUUGAAAAGCUUAAUGCAAUUGAAAAUUUCCCAAGUCCAUUAGUUGAAGAAAGUAAAAAUGCAUCUAGUUAUAAUGAAGAAAAUCAAAAUGAAUCUAGCUCUAAUGAUACUGGACUUAAAAUAUUAUCCUCAGAAGUGUUUGAGACAGAUUCAAAACCAGAUAUAUCACAAUCACCAUCUGUUUAUGACGUUUCAUCAUCAAGCAGUUUGUACAAUGAAAAGACAGGUGAAUCCAAGGAGAAUCUCAUGGAACAACCAACAGAAAGCUCUCCAGAGGUUUCUGAAAGCCAUUCAGAAAAAGAUACUUUACAUUCUACAGCAAAACUAGAAAUGCGUAAAAAACUACCAGAAAUUCUGAUGUCUGAUACCAAGAACACUGAACUUCUUGCUUAUCUGUAUGCUGAAGGAUUAAGUGACAUCCCAUCAGGUUUUUUUGAAGGACGAGCUAGGAGAAGUUUAUUAUUAUCUAUAGAGAAUACUUCAGUACCUGAAAAGACAUCAGUGGAGAUGCUGUCUGAAAUGAUUGAUGAUGUCACUGUUCAAUUAAAUGCUAAAGGACUGAUUGAAAUACCUUUGGGGAUUUUUGAGAUUAAAAUGUUAAAGUAUUUGUAUUUAAACAAUAAUGAAAUCAAAAUCAUUCCAAGAGACAUAAAAUCAUUGACAAACCUGGAAAUAUUAUCCAUAGAAAAAAAUCGGUUAACAUCAUUACCUCCUGAAAUUUCCCUACUUCAAAACCUUAGAACUUUAAACCUUAGUCAUAACCAAAUAUCAUUCCUUCCCAUUGGAAUUUCAAAACUUUCAAGACUUAAGUGUCUUUUAAUAAGUCAUAACAACAUUGAAAAGUUCCCUUCUGCAUUAGAAAACCUUGAAACAUUGGAAAUUUUAGAUCUUAGUGGAAAUAAACUAACUCCACCAGACACUAUAACUACCAUGAAACGUUUGAGUGUGCUCUACUUAAAUUCCAAUAAAAUUUCAAUAUUCCCAAAGGCUCUCUGUUACCUUCCAAAUCUAAGUAAACUCAGCUUGUCAGAAAAUCAGAUCCAGAGUUUACCAAAGGAAAUUAAAGAGCUCAAAAUGUUAAAAGAACUUUUGCUAAAUAACAACAAGCUUACAUUUUUGCCUGUACAGCUCUUUCAACUGAUACAUAUAGAAAAAUUGAGACUGGAUGAUAACCAGUUAGAAAGCCUAUCGGAUAAAGUAGAGAAUUUACAAAAGCUUCGAGAUCUCAGUCUUGCCAAGAAUUUGUUCAAAAUCAUUACAGACAAUAUUUGCAGCUGUACCAUGCUGGAAUGCCUGAACCUAAGUGACAACCAGUUUAAAAGGUUUCCUACCAAUCUGUACAAAUUAAAAUAUCUAAGGGAACUUUACAUAAGCAGAAAUCAGUUAAUCUUGUUAGAUGAACAAAUAGCAUACUUUAAAGACCUCUCAAUUUUGGAGGUAUCAGGGAAUGCUUUAAUGUACAUCCCAGUUGAAAUAAAAAGUUGUGCAGAAAUUACUAGAGUUGAUAUGAGUUACAACAGGUUGGCCUUGUUUCCAGUGGGACUGUGUGCAUUGACUGCCCUUAAUCACCUAAAUCUCAGUGGAAAUUAUAUUUCAGAAAUAACUAUUGAAAUUUCAUUCAUUAAAAACCUACAGUAUUUAAAUUUUAGUAAGAACAAAUUGCCUUCAUUUUCCAUGCACUUGUGCACUCUUGCCAAACUAAGUUACCUAGACCUAAGUAACAAUGAAAUAAGUAGUGUUCCAAUAAAUGUUCAAAAAAUGAAAUCUCUUCAGGUUCUGCUCUUACACCAUAAUAAAUUCAUUCUGUUUCCCAGAGAGUUAUGUGCACUAAACCGCCUUAAGGUACUUGAUCUUUCAGAAAAUAAGAUACAACACAUUCCCUCAGAUAUUAAUGAACUGCAGGAACUAAAAGACUUAAAUCUAUCAGACAACCAGUUUGUAUCAUUUCCAACUGAAAUUUGUCGGCUUUCAUCACUGCAGAAGUUAACAUUGUGCCAAAAAAAUGGACUGAAGUUAAAAUCACUUUCAGAAGAGAUAUCAAAGCUGCUGGCACUUAAAGAGCUUGAUGUAUCUCAUAAUGAAUUACAAGAAAUGCCAGAAGAUGUAGGGGAAAUAAAAUCUUUGGUUACUUUAAUAGCAAAUGACAAUUGCUUAACAAAGCUUCCCUUGAGUUUUUCAUCACUCCACAAUUUACAGUGCCUGAAUCUCAGAGAAAACAAGAUGCUACAUUUGCCUAGUGAUUUGCACCUUCUUCUGGGACUGAAGGAUAUAAAUUUUGAUGGAAAUGCUUUGAUCAGGCCUCCACUGGAAGUCUGUAAAGGAAAACAACUGCUCCCCAUAACACGCUACAUGGAAAGUGCUGAUCAAAGAGAUGAUAAGAUCUUGGAGAAAGUAUUGAAGACCAUUUCCAGCAAUAUUCCCUUUGAACAUUUUGAAUUUUUUUGCCAAAAACUGCAGCUCACCAGUGCUGUAAUCAAAUCGAUCGAAACAAACAGGGCUCUUUUGUUAGAAGAAAAGGUUACUCAGGCAUUGACCCACUGGAAAACUGCAAAUCUAAACUUGUCUCCAGCUGCUAUGACAGAUCAACUGAUUAGAGUACUAACUAUGACCGGUCUGUAUUACCUGACCAACAAAGUGAAAGCUUUAAAACUCUGUUCAAGACUGGUGAAGUUCUGA